GAUUGGUCGCUGGCGGCCAAUGAAUCUCAAAGUUCUAGAACUGGCCAUGAACACUACUCCGAUUCGAAAAUAAUAUAAAAUUAUCCGGCAUCCACGUUUUUCUUUUGUUUUCUUUCCUGGUAAGUAAACUAGAAUACUCGAGAGCAGACUCCUGGUUGUUCAAAUUUAAUGAACUCCGUGGAGGAAUGUUCCCCUGCUGCUCCGUUAGCUAAGGUUAGCUUAUGCCAACACAAACACUAACUGGCGCAUGUGGUUAGCUAAUGUUACAUAUCUGGACUGUCCAGUUGUGUUCGUCGGUGGACAUUACCGUCCGCUACAGUAUCUGUUCUCCCCAGGCACAAACUAUUGGCCUGUGGUGUGUACGUGGCGCCUCCCCUCACGACCCUCCCUCUGUGCUGAGGUGAUGCGCAGUCAGCGGGCAGUGCUUGAGGCAGGGCGGCGAAAAGAGAGUCCUGGUGAGAGUCUUGGUGAGAGUCCUGGUGAGCAGACUGAGGAGACAGAAGAGCGCUUUGUUAGUGGGACAGAAAUCAUUUGGCUCAGGAUUUCAUGGUGUAGAUGAGGACCAGUAGGUACGGCUUGGCAGCACGACGGAGUCAGCAUGCACCGAAUAACGGGAAAAGCGGGAGGGGACAGUUUGAUUGAGCUGAGCCCGACUGAUUCUUUUAACGAUGAUAUAAAUGGCUACCACCAAAAUGCCUCAUCCAGCACAGGAUCCCGUCAGCAGGGACAAGCAGUGAUCGGCAAACAACAGUAUAGUAAAGACUCCGUGUUUUUCCGUGAUGGAGUGCGCAGGAUUGAUUUUGUCCUGUCCUAUGUUGUUGAUGAAAAAGAUGGUGAGAGAAAACAGGAGAGAAGGAAGGUGUAUGAGGCCAAUCUAAUGAAAGUUGGCCUGCAGCUGGAGACGGAAGAUAAAUCUGAGUCAGAGGAUGGAAAGACCUUUUUUGUGAAGAUCCAUGCUCCAUGGGAAGUGUUGGCCACCUACGCAGAUGUGUUAAAGAUUAAGGCCCCAUUUAAGGUCAACGACAUCCCAGAGAACAGAGCGAUGCCCAUGAACUGGCUGUCCACCCCCUUUCGUUUGCCGGAGCACGUCAUGCAGCCUGAGCCAGACUAUUUCACAGCCCCAUUCAACAAGAGCAAGUCUGACUUCUUCCUGACUGACGACAAAGACACGUUCUUCCCCACUUCUACUCGCAACAGGAUUGUCUACUAUAUCCUGUCCCGCUGCUCGUACUACAGGGAUGAAUGUGGAGAGAAAGACAAGAAGGGUAUCAAACGGUUACUCAACAACGGCAGCUACACUUCUGCCUUCCCCCUGCAUGAUUGUAGAUACUGGGUAAAAUCGAAGGACGUUAAUCGCGAAAGUGAGCGAUACAAUCUCUACAAAUACUGGGCCAGAUUCCUCUGUUUCUUCAAGGAGCAGCCCCUCAACCUCAUAAGGAAGUAUUACGGGGAGAAGAUAGGUAUUUAUUUUGCAUGGCUGGGUUUCUACACUGAGAUGUUGCUGUUUGCUGCAGUAGUAGGAACAAUUUGUUUCAUCUACGGAUUCCUCACCUACGAUGACAAUCAGUGGAGUAAGGAGAUUUGUAGUGAGGCAGUUGGAGGCAACAUUGUCAUGUGCCCCCUGUGUGACAAGAAAUGUGGCUACUGGAAACUCAACACAACAUGCAACUCCUCAUGGCAAUCACACCUAUUUGACAACGUGGGAACUGUGUUUUUUGCCAUAUUCAUGGGGAUUUGGGUGACACUGUUCCUCGAGUUCUGGAAGAGGCGGCAGGCCCGUUUGGAGUAUGAAUGGGAUUUGGUCGACUUUGAGGAGGAGCAACAGCAGCUGCAGCUUCGGCCGGAGUAUGAGACCAAGUGCACCAACCGGUGACUGACUCCUGUGUCCAUGCUUUGCUUGCUUAUGAUAUAGGAAAUGGAGCCAUACUUACCUAUAACAAGCAAGUUUGCACGCAUAUGUCUGUCUGGAGCCACCGUCCUGUUCUGGAUUUCAUUGAUCAUUGCCUGCAUCAUUGGGGUGAUAGCGUACCGCCUGGCGGUAUAUGCGGCCUUCGCCGGUAUCAUAAAGGACAGUCCCACCAACAAGCUGCAGGUGGUUGGCCCCUACAUCACGCCACAGCUGGCCACCUCUGUCACUGCCUCCUGCAUCAACUUUGUCAUCAUCAUGAUCCUCAACCUUAUGUAUGAGAGAGUGGCUAUUUGGAUCACUGAUAUGGAAAUUCCAAAGACCCACCUGGAGUAUGAGAACAAGCUGACAGUGAAGAUGUUCCUCUUCCAGUUUGUCAACUACUACUCCUCCUGCUUCUACGUGGCUUUCUUUAAGGGAAAGUUUGUCGGUUAUCCUGGAGAUUAUGCUUAUAUGUUUGGCACGAAGAAGGGCCUGAGGAAUGAAGAGUGUGACCCUGGUGGCUGUCUGAUUGAACUGACCACCCAGUUGGUGAUAGUGAUGACUGGUAAACAGGUGUGGGGCAACAUUCAAGAGGCUCUGGUCCCCUGGCUGAUGAACUGGUGGGGCAGCAGGAAGGCACGAAGCCACCCAGAGAGUCUCUACAGCCGCUGGGAGCAGGACCAUGACCUGCAGGGCUUUGGACAACUGGGCCUUUUCUAUGAGUACCUGGAAAUGGUGAUCCAGUUUGGUUUCAUCACACUGUUUGUUGCCUCCUUCCCCCUGGCACCCCUGUUGGCACUUAUCAACAACAUCAUCGAGGUUAGGGUGGAUGCCUGGAAGCUCACAACUCAGUUCAGGCGCCCUGUGGCAGCCAAGGCCCACAGCAUCGGAGCAUGGGAGGAAAUCCUCAGUGGGAUCGCCAUACUCUCUGUUGUCACCAAUGCGUUCAUUGUGGCCUUCACUUCUGAUAUGAUCCCCCGGCUUGUGUACAUGUACGCCUACCAGCCAGAGGGCGAGAUGAAUAUGAAAGGCUACAUAAACAACAGCCUGUCUGUUUUUAACAUCUCUGAUUUCCAACCGCACAACAAGCCUGAUGAUGGGGAGAACCCCCCAUGGUUCAACAGCUCCAUCACUACUACUUGCAGGUAUCGUGAUUUCCGCUACCCUCCUGGCCAUGAGAGGCAGUAUACCCACACUAUGCAGUUCUGGCAUAUUUUGGCUGCCAAGCUGGCUUUCAUCAUUAUCAUGGAGCAUGUUGUGUUCUCAGUCAAGUUCUUUGUGGCCUGGAUGAUUCCUGAUGUUCCCUCAGAUGUGAGGGCUCGAGUAAAGAGAGAACGCUACCUGGUCCAGGAGUAUCUCCACAACUAUGAAGUGGAGAAGCUGAAGACCCAGCUCUGCCAAAACAGCAGCAAUGAGUGUACCUGCAUACCCGCCGCCGCCGUCUAUCCGUCUUUAUCCAAACAUGAGGUGCUGUCAGAAUGCCUCUAGCCCAGCGAGCUGCUGGUCAUUCAACUGGACAUGAUGGGAAUACAUGCUAAUGAGAUUGCCCUGCUUAUGUAUUAUGAUACUAGAGGUUUCACUGAUUGACAGCCAUCCAUCUUCUACUUAUCUGCUGAUAGUGGAAGUGCACACAGAUGAAAGACCAUGUCUCAGUGCAUGCUCAAAGUUGAGGCACUUGAAUUUAAAUGUCUGUCAUGUAUUUAUGGAUUUUCACUCUAUGCUGUACUUAUAGUGCUAAGGAUAUCCAAAAUUUGCUGUAGAGGAAGGAGACAGGAGAUCGUAUACACUGAGUCUAUGCCAGACAACUUACUCUUGUUUUAAUGCAAGCUUGUUAAUUUAAAUACCACUGUCGGUAACCAAAGACUAGAUGCCUUAAUAUAUCACACUUAUCAUCAGUUCUAUCUGUCAGUAGAAUGACAAUACAAUGUGGAAAAUGAGAUCUCGCUCAUUUUCAUGUUUGAAUAUUUUCUUGUUUUUAUGCGUUGCUAUAUGAAGAGUUCCAUUGUUAUAAGUAAGUUAAUGUUCAACAUCUUUUUUUUGUUUGUUUGUUAUUACUUCAACAAAUGUGAGCAUUGUUUGACAGGACUAAGGUCACAGCACAGAUGUACUGCAGGUAACACAC